AUGGAAUGUGCCGUAUGCGGAGGCACUGAUUUCACAGCGGAAUCUGGCUACUACUUUUGUAACGAGUGCCAGACUCAAACUCAAGAGUUAAAAGAACAUGUCUUUCAAGAAGAAGACAAAUACAUUAACAUAAAACGUACAAAGAAAAUUAGAAAUGCUACGCCCAAGAAAAAUGCUGAGCAAAUCACCAGUUGGGAAUGUUGGAAUGUUAUUAUAAUGAUGUUAACAGAAGAACUGAUCAAUCUUGGAGUUGAUAGAUCUAUCAAGAAAAUUGUGAGGUGUUUAUGGAUGAGGUAUUUGGAAAAGUUGGAAGUACUACAUAUGCAACAUGAUGAAAAACCGAAAUUUUCUUUACUGAACAUCAAAAGGGACGUAAAAAUUGUUUAUGGUGUAGCAGAAAAGAUAUACAAAAGAAAAAAUUCAGUAGCUUCUGAGGAGACAAGUGGUAAUAUGGUAUCUAAAAGACUCAGAUCAAGCAAAAAGAGAGCUCUUGCUAAGGCACAAUACAAAGAACAAUCAAAAACGGAUGGAUCCUCAUCUUUAUACAAUGAAACUUUGGCUAGUCUCAAAUCUCACUCAGAAAACUCAGCAGAUCGGGAAAUACAAUUUAAUACAUUCAGCCAUUUGGAACUAAAGAAAACAAUGUCAUCUCAACGGAUAAAACGCCAUCAAAAAGAAAUUCUGUCUGAUACUAAUAAAAAACGUCCAAGGUUUUCUCGUAUCUAUCGCAAUAGGUCUUAUCACCUGAGUCCCUCGAAGAUUUAUUGUAUAUUAUAUCUAGCUCUUCUCAUUAAAAAGGACCCCAUGCAAUUGGGUGAUAUGUUGAGGUUCAUGAGGGAAGGACACCUCAGUUUCCAUUGUUAUUCUCAUCUCUUUCCUGAAUCAUAUGCAGACAAGCGUUUGAAUAUUGCAGAUUUCCGAUCGACUAUUUCUUUGAGUCACCACGAAUUCAGAAAGAGAACUGCCGAAUUGGCGAAUCUGUUGGACGUUUGCUGCUAUAUUAGUUGUCCCGAUUUAGAGGCAUUAGCCCGAAGGUACUGCGAGGAGAUGAAUUUACCAGAUGAUGUUUUCUUAGCAGUAAAAAAUAUUUUGGCAAAGAAUCCACCAUAUCAAGGAAUGAUCUGUAAUCAUAUACCAAACUACGAAGGAAGGGUCAUGGCGAUAAUUAUGUUCGUCUUAAAGCUAUUCUAUGGCUUAGAUGAUGUUUCAGAAAUCAAUCUAUCCCAAUUCGCUAAAGCCUUAAAUGCUACAUGGCCGAAUCUGAAAAUGUUCGAUAUCGUGGAAUGGAUGGAGUUUAUAAACUAUAGAAGAGUGUUAAUCAGCGAGUAUCAUUUCCCUUCUUCUGCGAACGAAAAUAUUGGCGCCACUAAUGCAGAUUUGUACAUGCAGUACAGGAAAAACCAUAAAAUCGACAUAGAUUACACACCCAACGUGGGUUUUAAGAAGAGGCCGUGUUCGGCCGAAAUGACUGGAUACAAGGAUCUGUUAACAGAAAUUAUCAAAUUACAAAAUGACGAAUUUCCUCACAUCGAAUAUCCUCCCAGUGUCCACCCAUAUAAAAGUCAUUCAGAUGUUGUCAAGCGUUUGCUUCAUCGAAGUGAUCCAGAUGGCAUUCAAUUUUAUAUGCUAACCAAAUAUUUUCAAAACCGAAGCAUGGACUUCCUCUUUAAUCCUCUGGCUUAUUUGUGGCAACUAAACAGCAAAGCGAAAUUCCAACAUGGCGGGUUAAAUGAUCAGUGGAAGUUAAAAACAGUUGGAUUGUCUUCUAAGUUUCAAUUUCUUGAGCAGCGUUAUAUAAAGCAUAUACCUGUUGAAGUUGUUAAACACGAAGUGAAAAGAAAACCUAGAAAACAGAUCGAGAAAGAUGUAUCUGGCAAAAAUAUUAAAGUUAAGCUGAAACAGUUUGCUAAGUACCACCAGUAUCAGUUUAAAGAGGACUUAAUUGAGUUGGGGAAGUUAUCAGUUAGAUGUACGUUUAAUGGAGAAGGUAGAUGUAACAAUGAUAGACAAGAGACUUAUGAUCUGCACUGUUUUCCGUAUGAAAGACACUGGAUCAACUUCACCAACACUCGUAUCAAUUUUGCCAGCGCCGAACAAUUCAAAGACUACAUGAAUGGAUUUAGUUCGAGUUUCAAAAUGAUCUUAAAAGAAUGCAGCAGGAUUACGGAACAGAAUGAGCAGGAACUUUUCGAACAAUUUCAAAGUACCGAGCUGUAUCUCAUAUAUUGCUCAAAAGAAUACAGUGGGUCUAAAAAACGAAGGGAAUUAGUGACAUUUAAAAAAUUUCUACAUGAUGUAGAGAACAGUUGGUAA